UCGAGUUUAAUUUUCACCACAAGUUAAGGCAUUUUGCAGUUGAUUCAUCUCUUAUAUAUACACUUUCCUACAAAACAUGAGAAGCACCAAAAGCUUUUAAACCAACAAAAGAAAAAAAAAAAAAAUGGGAAGCAUGAGUAUAUUUCUUUUACUUGCUUUCAAUGGUCUCAUGUUACUUGAAGCACAUGGUUUUACCGAUGAAAGUGAUAAGCAAGCGUUGCUCGCGUUCAAGUCUCAAGUUUCUGAAGACAAAAGAGUUGUCUUGUCCUCCUGGAAUAACUCAUUCCCACUCUGCAACUGGAUGGGGGUUACAUGUGGCCGCAAACACAAGAGAGUUACUUAUUUGGAGCUUGGAGGAUUGCAAUUAGGCGGAGAGAUAUCGCCAUCUAUUGGUAAUCUUUCCUUCCUCGUAUAUCUUGGUCUCUCUAAUAACUCCUUUGGUGGAACCAUACCUCAAGAGGUGGGAAACUUGAUUAGACUUGAAUACUUAUAUAUGGGCUUUAAUUAUCUGGGAGGAGGGAUUCCAACCAGUAUUUCUAAUUGCUCUAGAUUGUUGGAACUUGAUUUAUAUAUGAAUCCUCUUGGACGAGGUGUUCCUUCAGAACUAGGGUCAUUGACGAACCUUGUUAGUUUAAAUUUCCGUGAUAACAAUCUGAAAGGGAAGAUUCCAGCAUCUCUAGGAAACUUGACAUCACUCACGCAAGCUAGCUUCGGAGGAAACAAUAUGGAAGGAGAAAUUCCAGCUGAAAUAGCUAGGCUGAGUCAAAUGGUGAUACUUGAAUUAUCAUUUAACAAAUUCUCAGGUGGUAUUCCCUCCGCAAUCUACAAUAUGUCCUCACUUGAAUAUUUAUAUAUGGCUUUUAAUCAUUUCUCGGGCCCCCUGAGACCUGAUUUUGGUAUUCUGCUACCAAAUAUUCAAGAUUUAAAUAUGGGAAAAAAUUAUCUCACAGGUUCCAUUCCAACAACAUUUUCCAAUAUCUCGACUCUUCAAAAAGUGGCAUUGAAUGACAACAAUCUCACAGGAAGUAUUCCUACCUUCAGAAAUGUACCAAUUUUGCAAUGGUUAAUUCUCAGUGGCAAUUCUCUGGGAAGUUACUCUUCUGGAGAUCUUGAAUUCAUCAGUUCUCUAACAAACUGCACCCAACUAGAGAAAUUAGGGAUUGGUGGGAAUAGGCUUGGGGGUGACUUGCCUAUUUUCAUUGCCAAUCUGUCCAAGGAACUCACCGGUUUAAGCCUAGAAAAAAAUCAAAUCUCUGGAAGAGUUCCUCACGAUAUUGGGAAUCUCAUGGGUCUCCAAGCACUUCAGUUAAGUGGCAAUAUGUUGUUUGGACCACUCCCAACAUCUCUUGGUAAUCUUUUUGGACUUGGGGUUUUAGAUCUCAGUUCAAACAAAAUGUCAGGAGUAAUACCAUCUACUAUCGGCAACCUCACUCGGUUAGAAAAACUCUAUUUGUAUAACAAUAGUUUUGAAGGAACCAUUCCUCCAAGUCUCGGUAACUGCAGUGACUUGUUAUACUUAGAGAUUGGGUAUAAUAAGUUGAAUGGGUCCAUACCUACGAAAGUUAUGCAGCUUUCACAGCUUCUUACCUUUAGCAUGCCAAGUAAUUCUAUCACAGGGACUCUACCAAAAGAUGUUGGACGACUAGAAAAGCUCGUUCGACUAUCUGUUUCCGACAAUAAAUUAGCAGGGGAGCUCUCACAGACUUUGGGAAACUGUCUCUCAUUGGAAGAAAUAUAUCUACAAGGGAAUUCUUUUGAUGGAAAAAUACCAGAUAUAAAAAGGUUGGUGGGUGUUAAAAGAGUUGAUUUGUCGAAUAAUAAUCUCUCAGGUAGCAUACCUGGAUAUUUUGAAAGCUUUUUAAAGUUGGAAUAUCUCAAUCUAUCCAUGAAUAAUUUCGACGGACAGGUGCCAACAAAAGGAAGAUUUCAGAACUCUACCAUAGUUUUGGUAUUUGGGAACAAAAAUCUUUGUGGAGGCAUCAAGGAACUGAAACUAAAACCAUGCAUUGUGCAAGCACCACCAAUAGAGGCGAAGCAUCCAUCUCCUGUGCUUUUGAGGAAAGUUGCGAUUGGGGUCAGCGUAGGAAUAACUUUGCUUUUGCUAGUGUUCAUUGUUUCUCUACGUUGGUUCAGAAAAAGAAAGAAGAACCAGAAGACCAAUAAUUCUGCUCCUACCACAUUGGAGAUUUUCCAUGAGAAGUUAAGUUACGGAGACCUCCGAAAUGCGACAGAUGGCUUCUCUUUGAGCAAUAUAGUUGGGUCAGGCAGUUUUGGUACUGUGUUUAAGGCAUUGCUCCCGAUUGAUAACAAGAUUUUUGCAGUGAAAGUUCUUAACAUGCAGAGACAUGGAGCGAUGAAGAGCUUUGUGGCAGAAUGUGAAUCUUUGAAGGACGUAAGGCAUCGUAAUCUUGUGAAACUAUUGACAGCUUGCGCUAGUAUUGAUUUCCAAGGAAACGAAUUCAGAGCUCUCAUAUAUGAGUUCAUGCCAAAUGGAAGUUUGGAUAUGUGGCUGCAUCCAGAGGAAGUGGAAGAGAUACGUAGGCCUUCAAGAACCUUGACACUUCUUGAAAGGCUCAACAUUGCCAUAGACGUGGUUACUGUGUUGGACUAUCUUCAUGUUCACUGCCAUGAACCUAUAGCUCAUUGCGAUCUUAAGCCAGGAAACGUCCUAUUAGAUGAUGAUCUGACCGCCCAUGUUAGCGACUUUGGUCUCGCUCGUCUUCUUCUCAAGUUCGACCAGGAGUCCUUCAUGAAUCAACUAAGCUCAGCUGGUGUUAGAGGAACUAUUGGCUAUGCCGCACCAGAAUAUGGAAUGGGAGGACAACCAUCAAUACACGGUGAUGAGUAUAGCUUUGGGGUUCUCCUUUUGGAAAUGUUCACUGGAAAACGUCCAACCAAUGAGUUAUUUGGAGGAAACUUUACCCUGCACAGCUACACCAAAUCGGCGUUGCCAGAGCAAGUAUUGGACAUUAUGGACGUAUCGAUUCUUCACAGCGGUCUCAGAGUCGGUUUCCCUGUUGCUGAGUGCUUGAAAUUGGUUUUAGAAUUGGGACUUAGGUGCUGUGGAGAUUCCCCGAUCAACCGGUUGGCAAUGAGUGAAGCUGCAAAGGAGUUGAUCUCAAUCAGAGAGAGGUUCUUUAAAGCCAGAAGAACAGCCAGACGUUGAAGUUAUUAUGGUUUCCUCAACAGAGUUUGUAACCGAAUUAAAAGGCUUCUACUCUGAAGCCUAUGUCAUAUUUUCCAUCAUAAUCUAUGCUUUCUGUUUCUCUCUAUUACACAUACUUAAGAAGGCUUGCAUUAAUGAAUGUUUGUUUUUUAUGAAGACAAAAUAUGAAUGUUGUGCUAUUUGCAACAAAUGUUGUGUUACCAACUUUACAGUAACUCUCAGUUUUCGAAUAAAUAUGAAUGUUUUUUUUCCCCAA